AUGGUGUCCUUUGCCAAAUGGAUGGACGACUUCUGUCCCGCAGAUCCAAAGAUCCAGUACCUCAGUUCGUACGAGGGUGCCGGCGUCGCAAGACCAUGGAUGCUUAGUUGGCGGUCUGAUUUUGGACUGGCGGGGUACUUUGAGAAGGAAACAUGCGAACAAUUGGUUGAAUUGAUCGUCAGUGAGGGCAUGCGCACAGAUCCUAAUUUGGUGGCUGUCGAGAAGUUGGCUUGCACAAUGCCACCGCAAGAGUAUUUGGACUCCGAAUACACAGAGUGCCAACCGCUCCUUGAAUCUUCCUCGCUUUUGCGGCCAUUCAGCUUGGCUUACAUUAAAGGCUGGAAGAGAUCUGUUGCCCUUUUGAUCACACUUCAGGGCAUUCGUGAGCUGCAGCUUGAUCAGAACAUUGAGCACUUUAUUCGGGUGACAAUGGGGUCGAUCUAUGUCAACCUUUCCUUGAACGCAGCCGACGCUCGCAGCAAGGUCCAGGUCAGUCGAGGCGCUACCUUGGCCAGCGUUGUGAGGAAGGCCCCGAAUUGCUUUAACCUGCUUCGUCAGAUGGAAGUCAUGCAGCGCUCAGGGUGCAAGGCAAGUGCAGACAAGAUCCUGGAGGACUGGUCAAACGCUGCGGCGGUGGCCAAGGCUUUCCAAAUUGGAAAGCUCGAAGCGGGCGCAGUGUGUGCCUUGAUGAGUGGCAUGGACCCCAAGAUUCGCAAGCGACUAUGUGAGAGCGUCCGUCCACGGGGGAUGAAAGGAUUUAUCACACACGACAUGGUGUCGAAGCAGAUCUUCAACGAUACGUUUACAUCAGGUGUUGGAUCCGCAGAGUGUUGGGCUAUGGAUGCAUCCAACAAGAAUGGGCGCAACCUUGCAGACCGCUUCAUCACCCGCCUGGAGUACACGUUUGACAACACUCCUCCGCAGCUCCGGAAAGCAAUGCCUUUCAAGGAUGCAGCCCGCAUUCAUUUGGCCACUGGUUUGUUCACGUGCUGCUUGGAGAAGUUUUCAGAGACGGUGCCUCCAGGGGAGUUCAAGCAGUUGAAGCCAAGCUUAGAGUCUCAGUUUGACGCUGGGUACAUGGACGGUGAGCUCCUGCACAUCGCAGAUGACCAGGUGCCACCGCUGGACCUUCGAAGCGUGGCUGCGUUUAGGCAACACCUGGCACGAAUUGAACAGAAUAUCCGUGAGGAGAAGGACACCAAGGCGCAGGAGUAUAAGAGGCAGGUGGCAGCAGCUUCUUUCGCCAUGAUCGAGAGCCAGAUCAAAGGCGAUAUGGAGGCCUUGAAAUCAGUCAUCGGGGAUAGCUCAAGACAGGCCUCUGAGUCGGCAAAGGAUUUGAAGUAUGUGCGCGACAGGACAGGGAAGAACUAUGUUGACAAGUGGAUGGCGGAGCACUGCAAGUUGAUCGAAGGGGGGUCAGAUGUCAAUGCUUCGCUGGCGCAUGUGAUGGCUUUCCUGGAGCAGUUUCGUGGAGCUGCUGGCAAUGUGUUCCUGAGCUGA